AUGAUUCAACAUCUCACGAGGGAUUGUUUGGCUGUCAUUUGUAGCUUCUUGUUGGGUUGCUACAGCUAUUACGAUCAUUCCACUCUUGGAACUAUUACCAGUAGUGAUGAUGAGAAGACGAGUGGAGAUUCAUCUUUUGAAAAUAAUUCUUCUUCUGCUGUUUCUUCUUUGACACAUCUUAAAGAUGUCAUUCCAAUCCUUUCACUCAUGCAUACUCAUCCAUCACUCCAUGAAAAUAUUUAUCAUAAUGAAAUGAUUUGGUCUCAUCUUACCAUUCCGAUUCCUGAUUUUCUUCAAUCGAAAUCUAUUUUGAAUUGUUUGACAGCUGAAUUGGAGGAUGGUGAUGUGAAAAUUAUUUCUGAUCGAGAUGAAAAAAUUUUUAAAUUAAUGCAUCAAUCGUUGGAGACUUUGUGUGACACAUCUUUGAUAAAGAAAGUAGUGUUGACCACAAUAUUGGAUGCUAAAUUACGGAAUCGAGACGAUGAGUUGAUGGAUUUCACAGGAUAUGUCAUUCGAGCAUUUCCAAAUGUAGAAGAGCUCAAAUUGACCACUAAAUUUAAUCCAGAACAAACUCUAUUUAAAUAUCCAACAACACAUAACAAGUCGAACAUUCCAUUCUGGAAAAAUUUGAAAAAGAUCAGUGUUUCAGACUAUGACUCGUUAAACUUUUUUUUGAAUCAUCCUCAAUUGGAACAUUUAGAGAGUGUUUCUCUUUAUGACGCAAGAAAAAAGAAGGAAACUAUUCAACUUGUGACAUGUAAUAGCAAAAUUAAGAACAUUGAAAUACUUUCUUUAAUUUCCAUUGCGGAUGUGGAAAAUCUUGUUUCAGUCUCGCAGAGAGUCAAUGUUUUGAAAAUUUCAGAACGUUCAUCUACUUUUAAUUUUUCGAGCUUUUUGAAAGAUACUUUGACCAAGUUUGAUAAUUUGAGAAUAUUAAGCAUGUCUUUUCCUUCUUUUUCUUCGUAUGGUAGCAACUCUCAUAGUAUUGAACUAUCAGUAGACUUUCCCAGUUUGGAAGAAGCAUCUUUUAGGUUUCUCAAUGAAAGUAAUGCUUCAACAUUAAUAUUCAAACAAGUCACAGCAAGAAAAUUGAAAUUUCUCACAUUUAGCAAUUGUUGUUUAGAAACGAACUCGGAUACAUCUCAAGUUAAACUCCCACGAGUGACAAAUUUGCAGUUUUGUAAUGUUGUUUGCAACAAGUGUGAUUUUUGGACCUCUCUUCCAUUUCUUUCGACAUUUUUUGCAUCCUAUAUUUCAACAUAUUAUGGUGUUACUCCUUCUUCAAACAAGUAUGAGUUUAGAAAUCAAAAUUAUUUGAGAAACAUUACAAUUUCUGGAGCAUGCGAAUCAGUAAUCAUUGACAAUUCAUGCAGAGAAUUGAAGAAAAUUUCUCUCAGCCAUACCAACAAUGUGGAUAUUCAAUUAGAAGAUAUUUCUCUUUCUUAUUUGAAAAUGGAACACAUUUCUGGAAUAUUUAACGUCCAAGUGAAAGAAUGUGAAAAAUUAAUUUUAAGAAAUAUGGUUGAAUCGAAAGACUGUAGUUUAAACAUUGAUCGAGUUCAAAACCUUGAGGAAUCAUUUGAACAAAGCGAUCGCAUUGCACACCAUAAGGGAAUUUUAAAUGUGAAUCUUGUUAAAGUAGGUCUACAGGAAAACCGCACUAGUGAUGAAAGGUUAAAAUCCUAUUUACUUUCCUUUGGAAAGGUUGACAAUAUUCAAAUCAUCACGAGCACCAUGAAUGGAGCGGUCACAAAAGCAAUUUCGAAAAUUUACUCUGUUUCGUCACGAGAAUAUUUAUUAGACACACUUAUACCAAUGCUUGUACAACCAAUAUCAUAUUUGGACAGAGUCACACAUGUAGAGAAUAUUGCUCCUACCUAUGGGUUAGAGUCUUUAACGAUCACACAAAACAAUCAAUGCAAAAUCCACGCAAUACCUUCCUUGAAACAGCUGCAUGUGCUUUCGUCGCGAAUAUGGACUUCGAAAAACUACGAUAUUUUGGUUGAUUUUGACACAUUUCCAGACUUGCAUUCUUUGUCCUUAGCAAAGCAUGACAUGUUUAGCCCUAAACAAGUUUUUGCAAAUUUGAAGAGAUUGAGGUUAACCGAGAUAACACAAAUCACGUUGAGAUUGAAUUUAUUUCCCAAUCUUAAGGAGUUGAUUGUGUUUGGAAAGCCUUCGAAAAUGAAGGUCGAGUUGGGCACUGACACUCUUGAAUUGCCCAAUUUAGUCAUUUUCAACAUUUAUGGCAUUGACACGCUCGAAUUUACUUCUCUGCAUUCGAUGAAAGCUCCCAAGCUGAGAGAGUUGGUCAUCCAGAACAUCAAUGAUUUGAAUCUCGGCUGUAAUGCACUCUCACCUCAAUAUCAAGAGGAAAAUUGGCCUGUCUUGUUGCACUGCACCAUUCAAGAGAAUAAGGAAAUUGCUACCAUCAAGGACGAGAAAAACAAAAAGCAACAACACAACAAGUGUACUAUUGCUUAA